AUGGGUUCCCGGAUCGAGGGUCUUUUGGAAAAUCUGCGCAAAGUGCCCGACGGCGAGAUCAUAAGCGAGGCGGAGUUCAAACAUCCACUAAGUUUCCUACAACCUUGGGGCUUUACCAUCUAUCGAACCUACUAUGAGCCCGGAUCUGAUCAGCGAUGGGACGAGCUGAUCCAGUCCAUCACCAAUGGCGCUAAGGAUGCAAUCAGAGGGAAUGUAAAACCUACCGAUGAUCCUGCCAUGAUUGCUAAAACGGAAGAACUCUUCAAACCUGAUGCUCGCUCAGAUCCUGCGGUCCUGGACGGCUUGGCGCUGGAAGAAGUACGGCAGCUUUAUCACAAUGGAACGGGAGGCCAGCCGAUGAACACAGACAGGGACCCAUGGCGAAUCUUUAUAUUAGCGGAUAGGGAGGUGUUGACGAACCCUAACCUUGGCAUGAUCAAAUGUGUAGCAGCGGACUACGACGCCGCUGCUUGUGUGCCAAAGAACCCGCGAUUUGGCCCACAGCGGUACUUUGGGUGGUUAAGGAUGUCUCCAAAUCACGUUCUGAAACUAUGGUUUGAAUUGGAUAUAUAUUUUAUUAAGCAAAUUGUCAACUUUGCAGCGGGUGGCCCUGGUGCGUGGUGGGACCCAGAUGCUGAGUGUUGA